CAUUGUCUGAUUAUUAUUAUCAUUAUCUCUGGCAACUGGAGGCCUUAUACUAAACGUUUGCCCAGGGCUGCCAGGAGCCUAGGUAUGGUGCUGGGAGAAGGGCUUGGUGGCCUCCGUCAGUGCUUGGUGACCAAGGGCAGUACAGUUUCAUGGGUCCAUAGAAACGCUUUCAGGAUCACACAGACGCAUUCUCAGCUCCAUCAGUGGGAUCCGCUGGCUUCCUCACCCCCAGCAACAUGCCCUGCUAAGAGUACUGCAGGGGCUUGUUUUAUGCAUCUUUAGUACGAAUUUAGGAAGGGGGGGGUGAAUGCCUGCAGAAGUCCGCCCCUCAUCCUCUUCAAAUGUCAUUUUGUGGGCCAGGCCCUUUUGAGCACCAAAAAAAAUCCUGAAUUUGCCAGUCAGCGCUUUUCUUUGGUCGGAUUUUCCUCCUGUUCAUCCCUUACAAAUCUGAGCUGGUUUUGCUUCCUGUUCCUGCUGGCCUUAAAAGCUGAAUGAACCCUUUCUCUCCCUUUUUUUAAUGAAGAAGAACUUAUGCCGGUCAUGGAUUCCAGUCGUGGGUGCGCGCAGUUUACAAAUCUAAUCUAUGCCAUCUGGAUGCUAGUCUUCAUCCAUUUGGAAAUAAGAUGCAUUAGUCUGACUCGUGAUAAUUAAAUUGUUUGCCUUUUACCACCCAUGCAAUCUCUUGUCUUGCAGCAUGGCCACUGGGGAAUAGGAAACUAAGAAAACAAUGUUAGCAGAAGUGCAUAUGCUUUCUACUACCCAACUUGAAUGUAUGGUGAAAAACCUGUCUGUCUGUUUGGAGCUGGAGCCUAUUCAUGCUUCUGAAAAGAUGAGUUGAAGACCUGCCAGAUAUUUGACCUUGAGGAAGGAGCAAAGCUAUUAUGGGAGCCUGGAAAGGCUGAAGAAUAAUGGCUGCCUUCAACAAACUGAUUAUUGGUAUUGCUGUUACUAGUUUCACCAUUUUCCAACUUCUGUUCCAUGUUUUAAGUGCUUGGGCAUCAGCACGGAUAACUCCUGGUUUUAAUAGUCUUAACCAAAAAAGGAAGAUUGAAUGGAAUUCAAGGACCGUAUCCACGUUCCAUGCCUUGGUGGUUGGUGUUUUUUGUGUAUAUAUUUUAAUGUAUGAUGAAGCUGUUAAUGCAGACCCUAUCUGGGGUGACCCUUCAAUUGUGAAACUGAAUAUUGCUAUUACCACAGGCUACCUCAUUUCUGAUUUGCUGCUUAUUACUUACUAUUGGAAGGCAAUUGGAGACAUUUUUUUUGUAAUUCAUCAUUUGAUGGCUCUAUAUGCUUAUUACUUUGUGCUGGGUGAAGGAUUAUUGGCUUAUUUUGGUAAUUUCCGUCUGCUUGCAGAGUUCUCUACUCCUUUUGUGAAUCAACGGUGGUUCUUUGAAGUACUGGGAUAUCCCAAAUCUUCAAAAGCCAAUAUCAUCAAUGGGGUGCUAAUGACCGUUGUGUUCUUUAUGGUGAGGAUUGCAGUCAUCCCUUUCUAUUAUGGCCGCGUCAUUUCUGCAUUUGGAACAGAGGCUUUCCAGAGACUGGGUCUUGCAGCCCAGAGUGCCUGGAUUAUCUCUAGUGUUGUCUUGGAUGUUAUGAACUUGAUGUGGAUGUUCAAAAUUACAAAGGGAUGCUACAAAGUUAUUUGUCUCAUUGGACAAGAAGAAGCCAAAACACGUAAAAAUGGAAAAUCUGAGUAAAAAUGCUAUGUGAAAAACUAAACUCUCUCUCUCUCUCCCCCUCUCUCUCAAAAAAAAGAACAGAAAAUUGAGUUAGUUAAUAAAAUUCACAUUUUUGCCAUAAAAUGCUCCUUUGAGAAAACAAGGUCUUGCCUCUCUACUGAUAAAAACUUUCCCCCUGCUACACUGCCUGCAUACCCAGAGCCAUUUCUUUUAGGAUAGUCUCAUGAUACGGGGAAACAAUGACAGAGGCAUGAUAAAUGCUGAACAGACAACUGAACUGAAAAAGGAAUAGGCCAACUGGUGCUGGGUUUCUCUACCAGUGUGUUCCUAAAUUGUUUCACUCAGGUUUCUCAGAGAAAUGCAUUUUUAAAGCCUGUAAACAUCAGGAUCCCUGUCUCUCUCUUUUUAAAGUUCUGUUGAUGUAGUGCAAGUCUCUUGGCAUGUUCUUAUGCUUUCUUUUUAAUAUUUGAUGUUAACAAUCAAGACUUGGUCCUUCACAACUUUUUAAUUUUUUUUCAAGAAAAGCUACAAGUUUAGCUUUGAUUAUAUGAAAUCUUUUACUGCUUUUCUGCUGCCUUAUAUGCAUGAACACAAUUUUUGGGGGGAUUUAUGAAACAGUUUUACAUGUAUACUUAUAUAAUACAGUGUUUGGGGUAUCUUAAAAACCUGUUAGAAUAUACUGAUAUUGAGGAA